GAUACUUUGUGAAUGAUGUUUUGAAAAAUAAAGGAUUUCCGUUUACGUUUUUUUUAAUCAAAUUUUGACAAUUGUAUCGAAAGCAUCGUUUAAUAUUAAUUGAGCUUUUAAUCCCGUUUUAUUUCUGUUAACAUACUCGGUUAUGAACAAAAUGUCACGUAUAAUAACACAGUGUUCUGUGCUACAAACAAGCAAACGACAGAUUAUCAGAGAUUUUUCAUCAAAAGUUAUUGGACGAAGAUCAGAGGAUGAAAGACAAAAGGAAAUUAUGGCACGAGGUCUUCCUAAACAAAAAUCUAUAAGAGGAAUAAAACAGAUUUUAAUUGUAGCGUCAGGUAAGGGUGGGGUUGGUAAAACAACUACUGCUAUAAACCUGUCUGUCGCACUAAAACUGAAUGAGCCUAAUAAGUCAGUAGGAUUAUUGGAUGCUGAUGUAUAUGGUCCAUCAAUUCCAUUAAUGAUGAAUCUGCAUCAAACACCCAUGCUUAAUAAAGAAAAUCUCAUGGAACCGCUCAUAAACUAUGGUGUUAAAUGUAUGUCAAUGGGAUUUUUAAUUGAUCAGAAAUCACCUGUAGUUUGGAGAGGACUCAUGGUAAUGAGUGCAUUGGACAAAUUACUCAGGCAAGUGGCUUGGGGCCCUCUUGAUUAUCUUAUUAUAGAUACACCACCUGGGACAGGAGACACUCAUCUAUCUCUUGCUCAAAAUCUUCCAAUCACUGGAAUACUCUUAGUAACAACACCUCAAAAAGUAGCUCUUGAAGUCACAAGGAGAGGAGCAAUAAUGUUUAAGAAAGUAAAUAUUCCGAUUGCUGGAAUUGUGGAAAACAUGUCGAGUAUUAAGUGUCCUAAAUGUACUCAGCAUGUCCCACUGUUUGGAGGCGGCCUAACAUCCUUGACAAAAGAACUUAGUAUAGAUGUCCUGCAAAAGAUUCCUUUAGACCAGGAAAUUACAGAAUCUUGCGAUACUGGUAAACCUGUUGUACUUUCUUUACCAGAUAAUCCGCUGUCAAUAAUUUAUAAAAAUUUGGCCAUUGAUAUCGCAUCAUUUCUUCGAAAACAACCAAAGAAUACAGAUUCCACAAUGAAUGAUGAUUUUACAAGUAUACAUUCACGUCGAAAUAUGAAAGUUCACGAGAUUCCAAUGGCCAUCCUCAUCCGUCCAUUUCCUGCAGAUGUAAACGAAGAAAAGGUGAAAAGUUUAAUGCAAAUUAUAGGUGAUCCACAAAAGGAAUACUUAAUACCACCAAUUGAUGUUUUGUGGAUCAAAGGCAGAGAAGGUGGCGAUUACUAUUACUCGUUUGGCGGUUGUCAUAGAUAUAUUGCACACCAACGGCUCUGUAAACCAAAGAUAAAGGCAAAAUUAAUUAGGUCUACGAUAACGGAUUUACGAAGCUAUCUUGGUAAUUCCACACCAGAUCUGAAGUAGGUUCGUUUGUAAAUUGGCAGAUAACAUUUUAAUAUUACAUGAAAAAAACUGUAAAUUAUAGCUUAAAGUGCUGGAUGCCUUCUAAUUACUCAAUUUGUGUAGACUUUUAAUGACACAAAAUCGCUAUAAUUCCAACAGGCAUAGAAAUAUUGCAAAUAUGUUUCCUUGCAAGAAUGAAAUACUUCAGCUAUAUUGCAUAGAUAUAUAUAUAUAACAGGUCAUAAAUAUUGCUGCAACAUCAAAAUGAUCUCCCAUAAAUCCAUCCAAUCUACUGCAAUAUUGUAAGAAUAUCUUUUGGUAAUGUACUGCGUAUAUUGCAAUUGCAUAUACAUAGCCAUAUAGCUAUAUACAUAUAUAUUAAACGUAUAAUAAUAUUAAGGCAAUAUAGUGUGAAUGAGAAACAAUGAGUUGUGUCAUUCAUUUUUUUAUUAAUUAAUCGCAUAUAAGGAAAUAUUGACACAUAAAUUGAACUUAAUACUAAGCCUGUGCUCACAGAAGCAGCAUUUUACAAUUUUUUAUUUUUAACUAAAUGAUGUAUUACUGUAUUGAAAUAACCCUUGUCUUUUUGAUAUACUGCUUUGCCAAACUGGUAAUUUUUGAAAACUUAUAGGUACAUAGUACUUUCUUCUUUUUCAAUGAUCAGUGAUCACUCAGCAAUGUAGCAAUGAAACUGUAAAGGAAAAAAGAUAUAUUUAGAUUUAUAUAGAUAUAUUUUUCACAUGUCUAUGUAACUCUAAGAAAAAACAAUGCCAAUUGAUGGUAAUAGAA